GUUCUCCCCGCGCUGAUGGUGGGGAUCCAUCUUCCCACAGGCACCAACUUCCUCCGGGUCAUCCCCGACAGCGGCCCCGCAGCUCAGAGCCCGCAGGGCGUCCGCCGGGUGCUGUUCUGCACCGGGAAGGUUUACUACGACCUGACGCGGGAGCGCAAGGCCCGCAACAUGGAGGCAGACGUGGCCAUCACCAGGGUGGAGCAGUUGUCGCCGUUCCCCUUCGACCUCCUGCAGAAGGAAGCUCAGAAAUACCCCAACGCCGAGCUGGUGUGGUGCCAGGAGGAGCACAAGAACCAGGGCUACUACGACUACGUCAAACCGCGCCUGCGCACCACCAUCAACCGCGCCAAGCCCGUGUGGUACGCAGGCCGGGAGCCGGCAGCUGCCCCCGCCACCGGCAACAAGAAGACUCACCUGACGGAGCUGCAGCGGCUGCUCGACACCGCCUUCAACCUGGACGCCUUCAAGGACCUGGCCUGAGACCCCAACCCCCACAACCCCCCCGCGGCCGCUGCAGCAUGCGCGUGGCUCUGUCCGUCUGUCUGUGUGUUUGUCGCUCGCCUCCCGCCUCCGUCCUAAACUACACGCCUUGUCAACCCAA